CCUAGCCUGGCUGGAAGUUCACCGUUUUGUGAAUAGAUUUAUGUGUGAAUUUUUUUGAGAUUUCGAUUUAUUUUAAGUUCUCAGGAAUGCAGAUCUUGUAUUUUCAUAAACUUAUAAUUUUAAAAUAGAUGAUAAGCACUCGUAACUAAUUAGAAAUUGUAAAUUUGCUGUGAAUCUAGUAAAGUGGUUCAAUUUUAGUAUUGAUCAAACGCAUCAUCCCAACCCAAAUAGGUCACACUCAGCAUUGGACUGACCGUGCAACACUUCAGACGUAUCCUCUCGUGUGUUACAGCAGUUUCGUUAAAGACUAGACUCUGUAUUACUAUUGUCAGAGUUUCUAGCCUUUGGCAACUCUGCGCUUUCCUCGCGGGUAUAUUGUGCUUCUAAAAUGCGGUGACUCGCCUAACGAAAGUCUACAGCGAGCGAUGGAUAAAAUCCAACUGUUGUAAAGCAUUGGAAUUUUAGUGCUAUCGCUAUUUGUGGACGAUCUUUCUCCGGCUUUUGGGUUUAGUUUGUGGUGAGCCUGCAAGGUAGUUAGUUCAAAAUGAGUGAAGCUGUAGAACCACCGACAAAGAAGCAGUGUGUAGAAAGAGAUACAGAUGUGGAUUUCUCUAAGGACAUGACAGACACAGAGUUUUCGGUGAGCGAGAACAAAUACACCAACUAUGUCAGCCGGGAUGAGCUGGAACGGCUACGGGAGUUCCAGGUGCUCGACGAGGUCCGCUCCAACGAUGAGGACAGCAAUGACGAAGACUCCGACAGUUCUGAUGGCAAGUCAGAAGGCCUCCCCGAGGAAGAGAUAGAGAAGAUGUUGGAGGAAGACCUGCCUGAGAACUUCAAGGGAGCGCCCAAGCCCAAGGAGAAGCCCUAUGUGACUAGACAAAAGAUCGUUCUUGAAGAAAAGGGUAUAAACCACUUCGAAGUCCUCCCGCUCGACUGGAUGAUGGUGCGCCACUACAGCGGCAUGCCGGUGUACAUGCACCGCAGCACCCGCGUCUGCACGCUCGCGAAGCCCUACAGCUUGGGCAAGGGCAACACCAGGAGACAUGACAUACCAAUCAGUGCGAUCCCCUGUUUAGCCUACAGAAAAGCAUUAGAAGAAGAGGCGAAGCAAAAAGAAAUAGACAAGAAAAUAGAGGAGCAAAUAAAAAACGGCACAUGGGUGAAUAACAUUAAGAACAAUGAGAAAGCCAAAAAGAAUACAGAAAAAGAAGUAAGCAAUAACGAAAACAAUGAUAGUCCGGUGAAUGCAAAAAGGAAAGAAAAUGCGAAGUGUCCUUUUAGUCAUAAACAUAAAGCAGCUUUGAAAGACGAUGAAAGUUUGGGUGAAAAUCAAAGUAAAAAUGUAGACGAGACACACAAUUGUGACAGUGAAAUACAAGAAGUUCCCGCUGAUGCAGAAAUGAAUGGAGAUGAAGAAAAAGAAGGGGUAAAAGAAGUCACCGAGAAUGAAGAAGAGAUACCGUUGAACAGACAACCGGUGGUUCUGCCUGGUGGGAUUGUGAUGCCUCCUCCAAGAGUGGAAACUGUCAACACUAGUUGGAAGACGCAGCAUUUGUCUCAUGAGCUGGUGAAUGAUUAUUGCAAGAAGCUGUUCAAAUUUAAAACCGUUAAUAUUAUGCAUUUCAAGCGUUGGGCAGACCGGCGUAAGUACACGAAGGCCCGCAAGGCGCUGCAGUUCCCCGCGCUGCCCGAGGGCACCAAACUCAUCACCAUCCCGGCACAGCCCGCCAACGGACAGGAAAAUGGUAAAGCGACGAAGCGCGACUGCGUGAUGAACAUGAACGGUCGUAGCUACUUGUCCGUGUUCCACGAGUACGUGCGCCGCGCGCUGCAGAAACAACCCGUGUACGAGUUCAAGCAGCUCGAAAACGCGUCGACGCCGUAUCAAGCGACGGUAUACAUCGGGGGCAUGCAGUACGGGGUGGGGCAGGGCUCCAGCAAGCGCCAGGCCAAGUCGGCCGCCGCCCGCGCCUCCAUACACAUACUCAUACCCGAGAUGAGGAACGAAUUGGACGCUGAUGCCCCGCCGAAAGACCUCAAAGCGGCUGAACAAGCGUCUGAUCCGGACUUCUCUUUCUUCGACUGCGUGGGCAUAGAGGACCCGCGCAUCACGGAGUUCUGCGCAGCGACGUGUGAGCCCUCGCCGCACGCCAUCCUCCGCACGUGUCUGCUCAGGAACUUCGGCGCCGGCGACCGACACAUACACACCGAGAUGAAGAAGCUCGAGUUCCAGAACAUCGAGCUGACGAUGAAAGUGGGGAAGCAUACGGCCACUGUGGUGUGCAAGAACAAGAAGACUGCCAAACAACGCGCUUCGCAGGCCAUACUGCAGGCUCUCCACCCGCACGUGCGCUCCUGGGGCUCCUUGCUCCGCCUUUACGGCUCCCGCUCUGUAAAGAGCUGCAAAGAGAAGAAGCUGGAAGAGCAGCAGAUCACUCUUUUACAAGACAAGGCCCGUCACAACGAACCCAACUAUGCAGUUUUGGAGAAACUACGACACGAGAUGAGGAAGCUUCGGGAGAGGGACGAAGCGGUGGUGCCUAUAGGGACUCUAGUGGUCAAAGAUGAUCUCCCAACACACUCGGGGUCGAAUCUCAACAACGUGGAGCUGUGACAAAAGGCGUUAGGUUGCGAGUGAAUGUUGUACGUAUGGCUGCUACAGUUCACUGGCGAUAUAACUACCAAGUUUUGAUGUUAUCAUGUGUUAUUAGAUUCUUUUUAUUUAGAAGCAUGGUCUUAUUAGUGAUGUAUAUACUUUAACACUUCCCGUAAAUAGUCAUAAUGUAAAAAUGUAAUGUGAUUGGGAUGAACGAACGAUAUUUUCCACAUUAGUAAGUCUUUUGAAUAUCCUUGUGUAUGUUAUGGACCGAGUAACAAAUAGGGAUAUUUUCUCAAUGCCCACAAAUUACAUCAGGAAAGAAAAAAAGAAUUAACAACUUAUUAAUUUAUUGUCUCGAAAUUAUGUAUAAAUGUUAUUGGUAGUUUUGUAUCGGUUCUUGUUAGCUCGUCGCUUUGCUCCUCAACCUACCUGACUUCACUACUACUUUUACGAUUACUAAAAAUGAUUCAACCGAUUUUCAAAUCUGGUUUUGUAACGGCCCACAGGCUGAGCGCCUCUAUAAGCCGACUUUGACUCAUAAAUAUUAUAACAAUACCCGGAUAAUUAUAUUAUAGUUAUUAUCUCAUUAUGGACAUACAGUCUCCCUAUAAAGAGUAGAGAAAUUAAACGAACUUAUAUUUUUGUGUAUUUUUUUGUUGCAAUACCAAAUGUAAUGGUCAAGACUGGCUGAACACUCACAAGAACAAGAUAGCGACCACAAUUAUUUUCUAUUAUUUAUUAGAUUGUAACUAAAACUACGUGGGUAUUUUUAAAAGUGCCCUAUUAAGUACUUGGUCCAUGACGUACAUAUUGGACCGUAGUAUUCUCAUAAUUAUUAAUAAAAAAAACUGCUUUGAUAAAAAAAAAACUUAGCUUGUAAGUACAUACUUAGGUCUUCAAUAAGUGAUAAAACUUGCAUCAAUUAGGAUAUAAGUAAUUUGAUCUAUAUUUACUAAGUUAAUAGUGAUAUUUGUUCGGCUACCUGUGGCAUAGAACAAUGAGUCCCGUGGCGAUUUGUGGAACUAUAAAUAAUAUAUCGGCCAUGUUGUUGUUAUCAGCGACUGUGGCGUCACCUAUGCGGGAAGUUUUUCUUGUCAUGGACUUUAAGUUGCGCACGGUUUCGACUAGAUGUCGCCUUUGUACGUGAAAAUAGUAUUCAGAAUUUGUAUAUACAAUGAACAUAGAUGUUACUUAAAACCUAAUUAACUAAAUACUACUAAACAGAACAAAUAACUUUUUGACGUAAAGUACAUAUAUGGCUAUCUCUUUCAUCUGUUGCCCAAUCGUUCCAUCUUGCGCGGGGAAAUGUAUAUUGCGAUCAAACCACAGCGAUUUGUCUUCUUGAAAUCUUUCAUCAAAAGGUUCUUAGGAGUGCGGGCUGCAGUAUGAUCUUCAUGAUGGAAACUGACAAAAUUCAAUUUGAAAUAUAUUUUUUCCCAUCAUCUGUCUUGUCAACAGCAGCGACGCCGGCACCGCUUCAAUAAAAUGUUUUAAAAAUAGAACGUUAUAUUCAAAGCGGAUCAAGUUAAAGCCGUGUGCACUGUAGGCCAACGAAUGUAUUUCUAUCUCUUUUUAACUCUAUAACAAUAUGCUAUAACUAAUUUUGUUUAUCUAUGUCUAGAUUAUUAUCUAUUUAUCUAUGAUCUGUGAAUUAUGUAAAUUAUGAGCUUUAUGUAGAGUACGAAAAUGCGUUAAGUUGAAUUAUUUCAUAGAAAAUAUAAAGCAGUAAUAUAUUUUAUAUAUGUGAAAAUAUGUAUGUUUUGUAGCGUCUUAACACGAAGUCCGUUUAAGAUAUUAGUAAAAUUACGCUCCGGCAAUAUGACCUUCAUUGAAAUGUGAGCUUUACAUCGUCCUUUUAAGACAUAAUUUACAUUAACAAGAUGCUCUCAUCUUGUUAAUGUAUAAGCGGCUUGUUAGCUGUCAACUCUUUGACAGCUAACAAGCCGCUUAUAUGUUGUCAAUGUAAAGUAUGUCUAAAAGAGACGAAUUAAAGCUCACUUUUCAAUGAACGUCAUCUUGCCGUAUAGGAGUGGAGCGGUAGAAGUGUGCUAUGACCUUUAGUCCUCAUAGUACAUACGCGUGUACGAAGCUGUCUAGUCUAGAGUGUAAUUUGCACUAAGAAUCCAGUCUCAUUGCUCUCCGUCAUCCUCCGUUGCUUAACGUCGACGACUGACGAAUGACAACGCACGUCAAUGUGAAAACAUAUGUGAAACUAUAAAGCGACAAUGCUCUGCGUCGACGCAACGGAGCGUAAUGGAGCAAUGGGCCUGGGCCCUAAAAGGCCAUCUUUAAAUUACGUCACACGAAUUGUAUUACUUUUUCACUCCUCACAGCUGGUCAUAUUUGUGAGACUCAGAGUGUGACAUCACAUAUUUUCAACUAGUUUUUAUUUUAUUUAAAAUGUGACGUCACGAACUUUAAGACCCAUCCUAGCUUCUUAUCAAUGUUACUCUUGAUUCUCUCCCUCUUUAAGUGUGGCAUAAUUUGUGGAUGAUACUUAAUAAUAUCCCUUAAGUUAUUUUAUAUAAAAUAUAGAAUUUCUCUAAACAACGUUCAUAAAUAAAUACAAUGAUUGAUUGAUUGAUUGAUUGAUUGAUUGAUUGAUUGAUUGAUUGAUUGAUUGAUUGAUUGAUUGAUUGAUUGAUUGAUUGAUUGAUACAAAACGGCGAAAAAAGCUGUAUUAAAUUGUAACAUGUGAUAGAAGUAACUUGAAACCACAUUAUUAGAUAUCUUGAAACUUAAAUUUAACAUAGCUAAAUUAUUAAUUUCUAAAGAGAGUUUAGGUAUAAUAUGUUAUAGCGAUAAUAAGCAAGGGACCUUUAAGCUAUGGAAUGCUAACAUCUUAUCAAACAAAAAUUCGGUGCUUAAUCAAUGUUGGUAUAAUUUUAUAAAUGCGAACUUUAAUAAUACGUCUUGUAAUCAAUUCACUCGAUCGACAACAAAAUUUAGAUAUAAGAUUUAAGUGUUCGAUGGCGCGUAGGGAAUAUUGCGCGAAGCUCUCACUAGAUGGCGUCAGGAUAUAGGAUAGUUGCUUGUGUAUAAAAUGAAAUGUAUAAAUUCACAUAAUGAAUCACUAUAAUCAAACGUCACUUUCAUUGGUCAAGUUUAUUUAUAGUAACAUUUGGUAGAUAUGUGUUUGUUCUCAUUAAAGUGUAAUUAAAACGCUUUUUGACGUCUCUUGUGAUGUCAUGCCUCAUAUAAUUUUGUUAUUGACACUUGAUAAAAAGUAUCUGUUUUGUUUUGAUUUGGUUUGAUGGCAACAAUUGUAUCAUAUUAGGAGAGCCAUGCUCGGUUGCGUUCGUUGACGGAUCAACGCAGGACGUAAACAUUGUAUAUUGGACUGUCGACUUACUUCAGUGUCAAAACCAAUAGAAAAUAAUGGAGCAUUUUCGAGCAAUGUGGCAUCUCUCUUAGGAUGUAGUGUGUGUGUAAAUAAUAAAUGAAACUAAUAUGGAAACGAAUGGCGUACAAGUUUUUGCACUUAUCAAAAUAAUAGCGAUAUAUAAAAUAUUUAUAAUAUUUGGGCUGAAAUAUGUUGUAUAGAUGUUAAGUAUUACAAAACUUUAUAAUAGUAUUUACGGUCAAAGUAAACAGUUUCAGAGGUCUUAGUGCGGGUUUGUGUUUCACUUCUCACUAUCGAGUCGAUUCAAAAUGAGACGCAGUGAACCAAUUACAUUUCGUUGCACAAUGGCGCGAUGUGAUUGGUUCGCUGUCUCUCACUUCGAAUCGACUCGAUGGUUAGAUGUAAAUAGCAGCCGCGCUGGGCACAGUGCUCGUAACCACAGCUGUCGAGACCAUGAAGUCCAACCGAGUAGGUUUGUUUGUGAAAUCGUCAUUAACGUAAGUUUACUAUAAGAUAAUACUUAUCUAUUUUGUUAUUUGUAGGACUCGAGACAAGCAAAUAAGUACUUUUGUGCAUUAUGGCAAGCAAAUAUAGUUAUAGUGUAUAGUUCUGUCUACGCGUCAAAGAGUGGACAAAAGCAAUAUGUAAUUUUGCUUUAGCAACUUCGGAAGUUCAGAGCCGUUCGAAGUGAUUAUUGAGAUGGAUAUUUAAUUAAUUUAGCGCUUAAUGUGGAUCUGCAAUUCACAUCUCACUUUUUUUAAUCGAGUCGGAAUUGCUAUUCAGACGGCGUUCGACCAAUAUGCGACCUGUUGUCAUGUCCCUACUGCCUCACAUCCAGCACUAUGGGGGACCUGAGACCACCGACAGAGCGAUCAGCAUGAUCACAUCUCAUUAUCGAAGUUCAAAUUCAAAAUUUAAUAAUUUAUUCAGAAUUUAUACCUUCUCAGGCACUUUUUCACGUCAAUUUUUAAUUUAAAUAGUAAUUUCUCACAUGCUACAAAGUACUGGAAUUUCGGAACGACCACUGCUGAGAAGAAAUGCCGAAAGAAACUCAUUUGAACAGUGUUGAUCCCUAUCAUGCCAGUAGUGAGACAGAUAACCAAUCGCAGUAUUGUGACGCGACGACAACCACACUACGAUGUGAUUGGUUAGCUGAGAUCGAUAGUGUGAUGUGAAUUGCAGACCCACACUAAGCUAUCUCUCGUAAGAAUCUUCAAUUGGAUGUCUAAAUCAACACAAAAAUGAGUCAACAAAAUUUUUUUAUAGUGUGAGAAGUAGUUAUGUCUUAGAUUACGCACUAUAUAAGAACCGGUGAAUGAAAAUAAACGAAUGACUGAAUAUUUGUCUGAAUAUAGUAGGUUAAUUAUUAUUUAUAAAAUAUUACGCAAAAGUUUAAACUAUAUUGCCUAACAUGGAGACAUUGAUUAAUACAAAUUUGGCAAUACCCAGUGAUUAUUUAAAAAAAUAUAUUUUUUAUCAAUACAUAUUAUCAAUGUGAUGUAACCGAACAUUUAAAAAUUUACAUUUAGAUAAUAUUAAAUUUAGAUUCAUUGUAUAACAAAAACCAUCCUAAUAAUAAUAUAGUAAUAAUGUUUAGUCUCAUGUCUAGUUGGGAUUUAACAAUUUACGUCAUUAGACAUAUAACCUAUGAAAAUCAUAUAGCAGGCGAGGGCAGACAUUACUUAGGCUUCAUGUAUCUAGUGCUGAAUUAUCGCCAAUAAGGAUUUCGCAACAAUGCGUUUUGCAAAAUGUAAAAAAAAAAAACUUUAAAAAAUAUAUCUUAUUAACCUUAACCCUCGCGUGAGAUUACUACGCCACAAUUGAGUAAAAUGUAAUGAAAAUUUCAUACGCUCCUAUUUAAUUGUUGGUUCAUAUGCAAUAGAGAGUUGGCGGUGGUGCGAUAGAGACGGUAUGAUAUUUCCUUAAUACGUAUUUAGCUAAAAUAUGACACUAAAGAUGUUAACAUUUUGCGCAACGCACAUGCAAAAAAUGUGUGUUCAUUUUGCGAAGAGCACAAAUACGCGUCAGAUCCGACAUAAUACAUGCAGUACAACAAUUAUGAAUAUACUGUCAUUGAUAUAGUAUUUUGUAGCUGUUGAUCAUUACUUAUUUUUAUAGCAAAAUGACAUUAAUCGAUGUACUUGCUAUAUAUAUAUGUAGGUAUAUAAGUUAAUGCUAAAAAGAGAUCCAUAUAAAUGAACUUUUUUAAGUCUGUAGAAUAUUUAAUUUAUCAUUGUCGACAAUGUAAUAUGUAGUGAAUUUUCGACAAAUUUUUUAGCUUAAAUUAAAUCUAGAUUGACGAAAGGUAUUAUACACCGUAAAUUUUUAAUUAUUCCAUAAAAUAAAUGGGGCUAUCAGUACCUAUUACUGAUAAUAUGUGCAUAAAAAUCGAAAUCCAAAAAAUCAGUAAUCAUUGGUUAUAAUACUUGGAGUGUGCCACCUGAGUUCGUAGUCUUCGCUUCAUAGUCAAGGUAGGUUCAGUACAGCGGUUCACACAAAGUCUAUUUUCAUUGAUAAUUUUUUUUAUUUAUUUUUUGCCUAUGCCAGGGUCAUUGCACGCGAGAGCGAGAGAACACGAUAAACUAUGAAUUGGAAUAAUUUGAGUUUAAACUACGUCCGUAAAUUCAUUGAUAUUUUGGGAUAAACGCAAACCUAAAUUUUGAUGACUCACAUGUAUUAAUAGGGUCUUUAAUAUUUUUUGGCAUAAUUAAAAAUGUAUGGUGCAUUGUAGUAUUUGGGCCAUUGUGUGUCAGUAAUUUUUGAAAUAUGAAAUUUUAUUCGAAACCCACAACGUGAGUUAUUUUCGAAGCGUCAAAGUAAAAUAUUUUAUUAUAAUUAUAUUAUGUAUGUAAGUAGCUUAAAAGGUAUACACCGAAUUAUCAUUAAUGUAUGUGCUGAGUUUUUAAGCUGUUACUUUUUCAUUAUCGUAUUACUUGGCUCCGUGCAAGGCAACACCUUUGCUUUAGAUAAAUAAUCAACAGCUUAUCCGAUCUUUGAUUAUCAUAUGCUGUUGUUUUUUGUAUUAUUUAUGAUCUAAAUGCAUUUGUUCAAAAGCCCCGUCACGAAAAGAUUAAUGAAGUACAUCAACAAAGUACUAGUUUACUAAAUUCGAUCAUAUGGUUUUGAUCUUUUAGAUAUACGUAAUUUUAUUUAAUUUUAUUUUGCACAUUUAAUUACCCGACCGUGGAGAUAUAUGUUUUUAAAAAUACUUAAUUUAGAAAAGUUUUAUUUCGUAUUUUUUAUUUUAUCCAAUUAUUGUGAAACACCUUAGCUUUUCGUGGCGGGGCCUAUUCAUUAUUUUCUUGUGUCAAUCAAUGUGUUGAACAGACCUAUGUCAUUAGACUGCCUCUAGGGCGUCCUGUCUUGCGCGUCCCUUAUGAAAUUUUUAACGUGUUUGCGCAAAGGAAAUACACCCUUGAAUUUAAAUUAUUUUCUGUGGCUGUGAUUACAACCUUUUUGAGGGUGUGUUCUGCGCCUGAUUCAUACAAGCUCAGCGUCGCGUCGCGUCACGAAGCGUUUCGCAGCUCACGUAGGACAGGCGCUAGGCAGCAAAACGCGAUAGACAUAUAUUAUUUUUUGCCUAGAUUUAGAUAGCUAUUUUCAUUAUUAUAUGUUAAGGGAAUAACUUUUGUAUGACGAAAAUGUUUUACCAUAUUUAUGCCGGGAAAUAAAAGUUGUCAAGGUA